AUGGCUGAAAUUGACACUUAUGACUAUAUUGUCUGCGGAGGAGGGACAUCCGGCUGUGUGGUGGCUGGCCGCUUAGCGGAAAACCCAGAGAUUCGAGUCCUGCUACUUGAAGCCGGCCAACACAACAAAGACCUUGAAAAUGUCCAUAUGGCUGGCGGGUGGUCCAAUAACUUCGAUGCCGAAACCGAUUGGAACAUUGUCACCCCGCCCAUGGCAGGCGUUGAUAACCGCCAGGUGAAAUUGAGUCGGGGCCGCUUCCUCGGAGGAUCCAGUGGAUGCAAUGGCACACUUUGCAUCCGAGGAAACAAGCAGGACUACGACGACUGGGGGCUGGAGGGAUGGAGUGGAGAUGAAUUCUUCGACAGCAUGCGAAAGUCAGAGACAUUCCACCCCAAGGGAUGGUUCGAAGCUGAUAAAGCGAGUCAUGGCUAUUCCGGCCCUCUACAUACCGAACCGCACGACCUAGCGCCAAUCUCCCAAUUGUUGAUGGAAUCCUAUGCCUCACAAGGCAUGCCGCUACACCAUGACAUGUUCAGCACUGGAGACGUCGCACAAGGCUGUGGGCAUGUUCCUCGUACGGUAUACAACGGUCUGCGAACUACAGGAGCUGAUUUCGUCACCAACAAAAACCACCGCGGUAACAUCACCAUCAAGACAGACACCACAGUCGAUAAGAUCAUCUUCAGCAAGACCAAUGAGCUUCGUGCUUCUGGAGUGGCAACACAGACAUCCGACGGUGUCUCCAGAAUAUAUUAUGCCAGAAAGGAAAUCAUCAUCUCAGGAGGCGCAUACUGCAGCCCUGCGAUCCUCCUUCGAUCUGGCAUUGGUCCCCAGGCAGAACUUGCGCAGCACAAUAUCUCCUGCACCAUCAACCUCCCGGGCGUGGGCAAGAAUCUGAUGGAUCACCUAAUCGUAUUCAUGUUCUACGAAACAGAGAAAAAAGGGCUAACAAACGACUCCCACGUCUACCACGACUCCAACUUCGACAAAACAUACCAAGAAUGGAAAGACAAGAAAAGCGGCUUCCUAUCAACAUUCCCAUUCGGCGCCUUCGCCUUCGCAAGACUAGACGACCGACUCCAAGAUUCCCCACUCUGGCAAAACGCCCCCCGAGCCCCAGGCCGCGACCCCAUGGGCCUAACGCCCAGCCAACCAAACAUCGAAUUCUUCAACACAGAAUGCUACGGCGGACCAAAGCAAUACGACCAAUUCCCGAUUAACCACCAGCACGCAUUUUCAAUGAUUGCGGAACUAUUCGCGCCGAAGUCUCGGGGCUCCGUGACGCUGAAAUCUGCGAACGCGAUGGAGAACCCGGUUGUGGAUUGUAACUAUUUGACUGAUCCUUUGGAUGUUUUGGUUCUUAGUGAGGCUUGUCGGUAUGGGAAUGAGGUUGUUAUGCAGGGUGCUGGGACGAAGGAUAUUGUUAAGGGGUCUUGGCCGCCGAAUUUGAAUCAUCAUACUUAUAAGACGAGGGAGGAGUGGGUGCCAUAUGUUAAGGAGCAUGCUACUACAUGUUAUCAUGCUGCGGGUACUUGUGCUAUGGGAAAGAAGGAUGACCCUAUGGCUGUGCUUGAUGAGAAGCUGCGGGUUAGGGGUGUUGCUGGGCUGAGAGUGGCUGAUUGCAGUGUUAUGCCCACGCUUCAUGGCGGUCACACUCAGAUGCCAGCUUAUGGGAUUGGUGAGAAGUGUGCGGAUCUAAUCAAGGAGACAUGGCGGAUGGCUGGCAAUGUGUAUCCGCGUAUUUAA